UAUAUAUGAGUAUGUAUGUGUAGGGUUGAAUAUGUAUGUCGAUAUUUUGUCUGUGUGAAAGCAAAUUCUAUGUUGGUCGUCUUAAAAACACUGUUUUGAAUAUAAAGAACACACGGUUCUACCGAAAUACGGACGGAAUGGACUGCUAAAAACCCAGAGGAUACUAUUUACCAUUAUUUCAAACAAGUUUUGGUUCCACUAGCGAGGAAUAUAAUUAUAUAUUUAUAUACAUACAUAUAUAUAUAUAUACACUCACACACACACGUAUUUAUUUACAUCUAUAAACAGCCUCUUGUGCCACACACAGACACACACACGCACCAGCGACUACCAAAAGUGGAACUGUUUUGGGAGGGUUUCUUUACUUCAAUCGAUGCUUUUGUAGAGUUUAGUAGGUUUCCCCUGUAAAGUUAAAAAUCGCUUGUUCAAGUACAACUUGAAACAACAUCACCUCUUAACUAAAAAAUAGAAAUAAAGUGUGUACAUGUAAUAUAUAAUAUUAUAUAAUAUAUAUAUAUGUAUGUAUGUAAUGUAUGUAUGUAAACUGUGUUUUUAAGUCACGUUCUCGUUAAAUAUUACGACAGUUUGUGUAUAUAUUAGACAGCACAUAUACACACAUACAAUCAGAUAUGCAGAAGCUGAUAUGAGACAUUCACAGUCGCGUACCUCGAGCAAAUCAGCGACUCUUUAUGGUCGGUGCGUGUGUGCACACGUGUGAAGGUGGCUUUUCACUCCCCCACCCCCAGCCCGACACUCAGAUUUCCUACUGUACUAUAAAGAUAUAUAUAUUGAUAUUUGUAUAAAUAUUUAUGUAUGUCUACAAGGUGUAAACAAGUGUGUAUGAAUAUCCUGCCGAGUAUAUAUUUAUUUAUGUAGGUUUGUCUAAAUGUUGUUUGACGCAACACUGGCCACACACUUCAGCGGUGAAUCGCUCGCCUAUUAUUGCUCCGUCUAAGAUAUAUAUAUAUAUAUCCCUUCUCUUAUGAAAUAUAUAUAAUAUGUAUAUAUAAUAAUAAAUUUAUAGACGUAGAUGAUGUCUAUAUUUCUCUAUAGACUUACUGCUGUGAUUGCUAGACACCGUAGUGCCAUUCUAGUUUGCACUACCUAAGGAAAUUCUACUACACCAACAAUCUUACCAAAACACUCCACCAAUUAUGGGAGACAACGGUUUAACACGGAUUUUACUUGUUAGCGCCAACGUUGGAUCCAUUUUCGAGGAUCCGGACAAUACAUUAAAAUUAUGGCUACGGGAAUUUCAAAAGUGCUUGCAUCGGACCGAGCCGCGAUUCUUGGCCGUACAUUGUCAAGAAGUCGGUGGAAAGAACUACGAGGACUCUAUGCAACACGUGAAUAAUUUUGUAACGAGUUUAUUAGGCUGCGAUGAAUUACAGAACUUUGACAGGGUUCGGGUAUUCCUGGAUGAAGAUUUCACUGCAGCUGACAAAUUUACCGCUCUGGGCAAUCUCUAUUUUGUUCAUGUCGAUGUGGAUGUGGCAGAAAUAUGGGACUUUGAAGCCAGCAAGUUUCUUACGGUUGAAGGUCGAGAGGUCCAGUCUGGUAAUAUUGAGAAUGUCACCGUCAAAGAAAAAGCCAAGUUCCCACAGAGAUUCUACCCUGAUUUUAAAUGGUCCCGAAAAGGAUUUUUACGAACUCGAUGGAAUAUUAAUAAUUGUGCAUUCGACCUAUGUAACAUUCAUCUUUUCCAUGAUGCUUCAAAUAUUAUUGCAAUGCAAAAUAGUCCCUCCGUAUAUUGUGGAAACAGAAAAGAGGCGCUACGGCACACACUACAACGAUUCGAGGAAGAUAAAUAUGAAAAAUUACCAAUGUUUAUUUUUGGUGACUUCAACUUCCGACUGGAUUCACAUCUAUUAAUCAAGGAAUUAACAGACAAAACUCUCCCUCAACAUACCAAAGGCAAGAAGGACCAGUUGGCCAAAAUUGUCUACAUAGAAGCAGACAACAAUGAGAAAGCCAUACUGACUGUGGAGAGCAAACAGUUUAAUUAUCAUGAUAAACACACAGAAUUCUUUUAUAACAAAAAUAACAUGUUGCAACAGUAUGAUACAGAGUUAAAUGCAUUCAAAGACCAAAUAUCAGAAUUUGAAAUUAGUUUCCCACCAAGUUAUCCAUUUAGUGAAGACACAAACGAUGGGCUGUCAUAUAUGAAGACGAGAUGUCCCUCUUGGUGUGACCGUGUCUUAUUUAACCACAGAGCAAAGGAUAUAAUUGUCUAUAAUGACGAACAUCGACUUGACUAUGAUGUCAUAGGCCAUAAUACCUGUAUGGGUGACCACAAGCCAGUCUACCUUCUAUUUCACGUGAAGAACGGCCCAGGUAACACACCUCAAAUUCCCACUUCCACCAGACAUUUGCGAAGGAACACCUUGUCUGUAAAUGGCGAGGACAUGAGCGACGUAGAAAUUGCGAAGUUAAAUAUUCACGAUUAUGCUGUGUUUGAAUAUGAGCAGAAGCUGCUAUCUAACUUUCGGAAUAGCAUUCGGUCUAGGAAUUAUGCCGAGAACCAUCUAUCCAAAUCUUCUUUGAACGGUGCUGAAGAGUCUCGUAUCUCCUUCCAUGACACGGCUAAACAUGUGUUAAUGGCUGAGAGUGUUCUGAUGAAUUGGCAGCGUCACAUGAAGCACCAUAGUUCUUCGUCAGAAGACUUCAUUGACACCAGCCUCGAUGAUCUUCCUGAGCACCUCGGCAAAAGUAACCUCGACAACCUCGAUCAAGCUUCGACACUGACCUUGUUGUCGUCGGAGUAUUACAAUCCAAGUAUCAACACAUCAAACCUCGAUAGCAAUUCUCUGAUUCUGUCACAGCAUCCGACCGUUCAUGCUCCCAGCCUAGGUACUCCUGCAGAUUCUGGUGGCAGUGGCAGAGAUGGUAGCCUCAGUAGUAUGACGAUGCAUGAAGCACAUUCCACACCUCACACCACAGAUGUCCAAUGUGCAUGUAAUGUUGUCCAGCCAUGUCCUGACAGUGUUAGCGGAAAAGGGACAUUAGCACAGUCUCCGAGAUCCAUAGGUGUAUCCAGAUCUUCAUCAUUAGCGAAACGCACGUCCUGGUUAUGUCCAUCUUGCACAGUUGUAUGACAUCCUCUCGUCUCCCACCUUCUCCAAUGCACCUCCCCCCUUCAGACAAUUGUAACGUAAAACCCCAUCAGAGAGUGACAAGCUGGACUCUGCACUUGCGCAGUGUCUCCUUACAACUGACAUUAUCGUCCCUAGCACUCAAGUAAAGAUCUCUCAAGUGGACACCACGAAAUACAUCCAUGUACAACACAACGGC